ACUUUGAUUAACUGAGCUUUUGGUUUUUAUUUCUUUGGGGGAAAAAUGAUCUUAUAGGCUCACGGAAAGAUAUUCUAUUACAUGGGUCUUACUUUGAUUGGGAGCUAGACAUAAAUGGGUGUUUUGUUAUCUUCUUGAAUCAUCAGUUUUCAUCUUCAAUUGGGUCUUUUAACCAGCCUGAUUUGUCUGACUGUAUUCUCUUCUUUUGGUAUUAUCUUUAUAAUCUAAUUCUGGGUCUUUGAGGAUAAUGUUCUUUAAUGACUAUAUUGUUCUGGGUUUGUCUCAGAUCCAUGGCACAUAGUCACUUGAGUGUCUGAUCUAUAUGUGUUGUGAUUCUUCUGUGAAUAACAACUCUCUCCUUAUAAAUAGGAGCUGCAACAAGAAUAAAUCUUUCUUAUUUGGCUGCAGUUGUGGAGGAGCUUUCUUCCUUCGGUGGAUCAUCGGAGGGCAUUAAGUUGGUAAAGCUUUAAAUUGGAAGGUUUAGAUCUUGUGAAAAGUAGAAAAAAGUGUUUAGAUUUCGAUUUGCUUUUUCAUUGGGGUUUUUUUAGAUUUAGCUUAAUGAGAAACUUUAUCAUGUGUUUCUAGUGGUUGAAAGAAUGAUUUAGAGAAAACUCCCAGGUGUUACAGGAAUUGGGAUACUGUUAAUUUUAACCUUUUGAAGUAUCUGAAUUAUGCAAUAUGGGUAGUAGUAGUAACAAGACCAAGACCAUAGUUUGGUUCAGAAGGGACCUCAGGAUUGAGGAUAAUCCUGCUUUGGCUGCUGCUGCUAGGGAAGGUAGUGUUUUUCCUGUGUUUAUAUGGUGUCCUAAAGAGGAAGGACAGUUCUACCCAGGUCGAGUUUCGAGGUGGUGGCUGAAGCAAUCUCUUGCCCAUUUGAACCAGUCUCUGAAAUCUCUUGGGGCUGAGCUUGCGUUUAUUAAAUCCCAGAGUACUUUGGAUGCUCUCUUAGAUUGCAUCAAUGCCACUCAAGCUACCAAAGUGGUGUUUAACCACCUCUAUGAUCCAGUUUCGCUUGUUCGUGAUCACAACAUCAAAGAAAAACUGGUGGAGCUAGGCAUUUCUGUGCAAAGCUACAAUGGAGAUUUGUUGUUUGAACCAUGGGAAGUAUAUGAUGAAAGUGGAAAUGCAUUUACUACUUUUGAGGCAUAUUGGGAAAAGUGCUUGCAAAUGCCACUGGAACCUGUUUCAAUUCUUCCCCCAUGGAAAUUGUUACCAGCAGCUACAGGAGCAAUGGCAAAGUGUUCGAUCAACGAAUUGGGUCUAGAAGAUGAGUCAGAAAAACCUAGCAAUGCCCUUCUAGGAAGAGCUUGGUCACCGGGCUGGAGCAAUGCUGACAAGGCACUAACCGAGUUUAUUGAGGAGCAUCUUCUUGACUAUUCAAACAAUAGGUUAAGUGUUGGAGGAAACAAUACAUCACUUUUGUCUCCAUAUCUUCAUUUUGGGGAAUUAAGUGUGAGAAAGGUUUUCCAAUAUGCAAGAAUGAAGCAGAUACUGUGGACUAAUGAAGGGAACUCAGGUGGUGAACAGAGUGUAACUUCAUUUAUCAGGGCUAUUGGUUUGAGAGAAUACUCACGCUAUCUUUGCUUCAAUUUCCCUUUUACACAUGAGAGACCCCUUCUGAAUAACUUGAAAUAUUUCCCCUGGCAACCUAACCCUGCUCAUUUUAAGGCGUGGAGACAAGGCCGAACUGGCUACCCUUUGGUUGACGCCGGAAUGAGAGAGCUGUGGGCAACUGGGUGGGUACACAACAGGAUUAGAGUGAUCGUGUCGUGUUUUGCAGUGAAAGUUUUGCUCAUUCCUUGGAGAUGGGGGAUGAAGUACUUCUGGGACACACUUUUGGAUGCAGACUUGGAAUGUGAUAUCCUUGGUUGGCAGUAUAUAUCAGGGAGUGUACCAGAUGGCCAUGAACUUGAGCGUUUGGAUUGUCCAGAGGUUCAAGGCUCAAAAUUUGACCCUGAAGGGGAAUAUGUGAGGCAUUGGCUACCGGAGUUGGCACGAUUGUCCACCGAAUGGAUUCAUCAUCCAUGGGAUGCACCUGAGUCUGUGCUUAAAGCUUCAGGAGUAGAGUUGGGGUUGAACUAUCCAAAACCGAUCAUUGAUAUUGACGUGGCUAGAGAACAUUUGACUAAGGCUAUAAUGAAGAUGUGGGAACUGGAAGCAGCUUCAAGGGCUGCAGGAUCAAAUGGCGCAGCAAAUGAAGAAGUCGUUGACAACUCUGAUCGUGUUGAAAGCAUGGCCAUUCCGAAGGUGGUCUUAAAGGGAAGACCUCCACCUUCAUGUUACACUAAUUCAUCUAAUGAUCAAAGGGUUCCAUCUUUUCAUAUUGUAAAGAAUAAUAUGGCUAAUAGGAAGAGAUCCAAAAGUAUACAAGAGGAAAUGCCAUCAGCAGCUAAUUCGCAGAAUCUCCUGAAGGCCGGGAUCUUGAGAGCUGAUGAAGACUUGUGCUCCACAGCCGAAUCUUCGGCUGCAAAGAAGCAGACCACCAUCAGUAGAAAUUCAUUUUAUGUUCCGGAUUCAUUUUCCAUGUCAACAGGAAACACUUCUCAAUGUGAAACAUCUGACCUGAAGCGGCCCGGACAAGAAUUAGAACAGGAGGACAUGGAACAACCCAACUCAAGCAAAGAUGAUUUUCUUAUGCAUCAUACUACAGCUGAUGCAAGGGUGCAGACGCAACAUAUAUUCUCUGAGAGGGGUGGAUGUUGAAAAUACAAAGUAAUAAUGUCCUUCUUUGCAAAAAGGAGAGAGUGACAAGGGAGAGGAGCACAGGGUGUGAGAAGCUACAACCUUGAGUUAUGUGUUGUUAUUUUCAAAUGUUGGGUUUUGGCUCUCAAUCUUUGACUUUGACAUAAAUCUAUUUAUAUAAUAUGAAUUGUGACACAUAAUAUAUGUACAUAUGCAUAUGUAAUAUUAUAUAUAUCUGUGGCUUGUACUGGAGAAUUGGAUUAAUUAGGAUCUUAUUGAAUUUAGAUGCUUCGUCAGUUUUAUA